AUGAAGUACUCCAUCGCCGCCACCGCCUUGUUCACCGCCAUUGUCACCGCCGACCAACUCGGCGACGAACUCGCCCAGCUCCCCGAAGGAUUGGUGCUUUCGACCUCGCCUCAGGGUCCCGACGCCACCAAGUACUCGCAACUCAACUACGCCGGCCAGACCGUGUGGAUGUUGACCAAUGAACAGGACUUGACCCAGUACACCGACUUCCUCUUCAACGCCGGUGCUGCCGCCGGCCUCGCCGCUGGUGCCCCCACCGACCUUGGCCAGGCCGCUGACGCCGGUGCCAUCGCCACCGCCGACGCUGCCAACGCCCCCAUCUCUACCGACGCCGUUGGCCACACCGACAAGACGGCCCCCCCCGCCAACACCAAUGGCGGCGUUGGUACCACUGACAAGUCGCCUCCUUCUGCCAAAACUGACAGCGGCGUGGGCACCACCGACCACCCCCCUCCCGCCGUCGUCACCUCCACCUCUCACACCACCGAAACCGUGUGCACUCACGUCACUUGCCAACAACAACAACAGCCUCCCGUGAUUGGCGUUCAGGAAGGCCCCCGCCCUAACGGUUCCUCGCCCGCCGUCCAACAAUGGGAAGGCGCGGGUUCGUUCACCGGCGUUGCCUUUGGUGCCGUCGCCGCCGCCGCCGUGUUGAUGUUGUAA